ACACUCUCUCAGAGCCCCCAACCCCUCUCUUUCGAAGGAAAAAAAAAAAAAAAACAAAAAAAAUCAUUCCUUUGCCUCUCCAACCAUACACGUUCAUCAUACGCGUAUAUAUAUCUACGCGUAUUCGAAUUUAUUUGCGCCUGUAUGGAUCCAUUCUCGUUCGGAUUGAGGCUCAAUAGCGGCAGGAUUAUUGGGGUUUCUUUUGAAUUGUUUGUGUUUGUUCGAAUCUGAGCUCGUGUGAAUAAUUAUUUACGGUGCGGAAUUUGGAAUUCGAUUGUUUCUUUGGGCUGCGGACGCAAAAUCCGAAGGCUUUCGGGUUGUUCUGGUGGAUAAAUCGUUGGAUUUGAGUAUUGGUGGCUAUGGAUUAUUUCUGAUUUUUUUUUUUUUUUUCAAUUCAAUUGGUGUGUUCCUCCUGUUUGUGGAAGUUUUUGGAUUUUGGUUUUCUGUUGUCGCUUUGGUUUUGAUUAUUGAAUGGAGCAAAGAGAGGGAGCGGAUUUCCCUCCAAAAAAGCUACCGCCGCAGUCGGAAACUUCGUCGUCGACUCCAGCCGAUUUUCCGGCGAGGAAGCUCGUGAGGCAGCUGGAUUUUACUGGUCUUAGUGAUGGCGCCACCGCAUCGAGUGCGGAGCAUCCACAGUCGGCAAAUUCGAGCCAGCCGGCUCCUCGGCAGCCACAAUUGGCGAAGUCGAGCCAGCCGCCGAUGCCCGCUCACCUUCACCCGCCGCAGAUGGUAUUUAUGACGACACAACAGCCACUGCAGCCGGCGGCUCCCCCCGCUCAUCCUUCUUUGCGCCCAAUUGCAAAACCUGAAUCCCCAAGAGCAAGGUCGAGACAGAAUGUGAAUGACGUAAAAGAUUGUACGCCAAAGAAGCCAAAACAGUGUAAUUGCAAGCAUUCACGAUGCUUGAAGUUAUAUUGUGAAUGUUUUGCAUCGGGAACCUAUUGUGAUGGUUGCAACUGUGCAAAUUGUCAUAACAAUGUUGAAAAUGAAGCUGCCAGACGUGAAGCAGUUGAGGCGACUCUGGAGCGCAAUCCAAAUGCUUUCAGGCCAAAAAUUGCUAGUAGUCCUUAUGGACCCCGAGAUAGAAGGGAAGAGAUGGGCGAAAUAUUGGUUUCAGGAAAGCAUAACAAAGGAUGUCACUGUAAGAAAUCUGGGUGUCUCAAGAAGUACUGUGAAUGCUUCCAAGCAAAUAUUCUUUGCUCCGAAAAUUGCAAAUGCAUGGACUGCAAAAAUUACGAAGGAAGUGAAGAGAGACAAGCUCUCUUCCAUGGAGAUCAUGCCAAUAACAUGAUGCAUAUCCAGCAGGCAGCCAAUGCUGCAAUUACAGGUGCAAUUGGAUCUUCUGGUUUUGGUUCACCCCAAGUGGGCAAAAAACGGAAGGGUCAAGAUCUUUUCUUUGGAUCAACAACAAAAGACCCCGCACACAGGCUUGAACCGUUGCAACAGGCUAACCAGAUAAAGGCUUCUGUAUCUUCCUCUCCCUUCUCUCCAGUUCCUUGUGCUCACCCUGGCAAUGCAUCGGUAUUAAGUCCAUCCAAAUAUAGAUAUAGGUCCCUCUUAGCUGACAUCAUUCAGCCCCAGGAUUUGAAAGAGCUGUGCUCAGUUCUUGUUGUGUAUUCGGCAGAAGCUGCGAAGAUGUUUGAAGGCAGAGGUGCAACAGACAAGCAAACAGAAGCUUCCGGAGAAACCUCAAUGGGUUCGUCAAUUCAAGACCAGCAACAUUCUGCAGCCGAGGAAGCUCCGACCAAUGAUCAUUCAUCUGAAAAGUUGGAUGAGAAGGCCAAGCCCGAGUCUGCUUCUGAUGGAGCUGACACAUCGAAAGGGCCAAUAUCUCCCAGCACAUUAGCUCUACUCUGCGAUGAAGGAGCCACAAUGUUCAGUACUGUUGACUCCUCCAAUGGGUUGGUGGCCCAUAACAACUCAAAUUCUCAGUCGUCGGAUGAACAAGGGCCCAGCGAGGUCUACGCUGAGCAGGAAAGAAUCGUUUUAACAAAGUUCCGAGAUUGCCUCAACAAGCUCAUCACAUUAGGAGAAAUAAAAGAAACAAAGUAUUCGUCAUUGGCGCGAACACAGUCAGGAAACAACGAUAAAGAUCCUACAAGUAGCAGCGCCACUUCUAACACAACUAGGAAUCAACAGUCGGCAGGCAACGGUCGAAUUUCGAUUCCUUCAGAGAGCAGCAGUCUAACAGUAACACCCCAUCAGAAAAUAAAAAGCGCCGAAAAUGGUGAUGUAAAAAUAGCAGCAACACCAGAAGACAGUCUUUAGACUUUGGCGGUGUCG